AUGGAUCAGCCAACGAACACGCAGACACCGCAUCAACACGAACCCAUCAGCUUCGGGAUUGAUCAGAUUUUAAAUAGUUCUGAUCAGGAGACCCCUUCCCAGCCCGCCCCCCGAGGAUCAGACGGCGGCACCAAUUACCUGGGCAGCCCCGUGAGCAGCAGAAGCAGCGCCCCGUACCCUUCCCUCCCCGGCGCCUUUGCUGGCAUCGGGGCUCCCUUCGAAGACUCUGGAUCUUACAGUGUGAAUCUCAGCUUGGCUCCAUCUGGCGUGAUCCGGGUGCCAGCGCACAGACCCAUCCCUGGGGCAGUGCCACCUCCAAUUUCUAGUGCCAUUCCAGCCAUGCCAGCUGUACCCAGCCUUGGCAGCCUCAACUUCCCUUGGAUGGAGAGCAGCAGGCGGUUCGUCAAGGACAGAUUCACAGCGGCGGCGGCGCUCACGCCCUUCACGGUGACGCGGAGGAUCGGGCACCCCUACCAGAACCGCACUCCGCCCAAGCGCAAGAAGCCGCGCACCUCCUUCUCGCGGGUGCAGAUCUGCGAGCUGGAAAAGCGUUUCCACCGGCAAAAGUACCUGGCCUCGGCCGAGAGGGCGGCGCUCGCGAAGUCGCUCAAGAUGACCGACGCCCAAGUCAAGACCUGGUUUCAGAACCGCAGGACCAAGUGGCGGAGGCAGACGGCGGAGGAGCGGGUAGCCGAGCGGCAACAGGCGAGCCGACUGAUGCUGCAACUUCAGCACGACGCCUUCCAGAAGUCGCUGAACGACUCGAUCCAGCCCGACCCGCUCUGUCUCCACAACUCCUCGCUCUUCGCGCUCCAGAACCUCCAGCCCUGGGAAGACGAAGGCUCCAAGAUCCCCCCCGUCACUUCCUUGGUGUAA